AUGUCUACAACACCAGCGGACCUUUAUCGAGGCUUCAUGGUUAACUACGCUCCUCAUGACAGUGGUAAGGAUGCGAAUCGGGAGGAUAUCAUUUCCUAUGGCGCAUCGCAGUUGCUCCAAGAUAGGCCUGAAAUUCGCUACCACUCUGAUACAACUCAGUCAUCUUUUGGGUCUCCAUCGACUUUUAUCACGAAUCACUCGCCGCCACGCCAGCCAAGUUCACAUUACAACACGCACAGUUAUAGACUCUCUCCAAUACAAGGUAGCAGAAAACGACAACGUACCGACAAUGGGCCUGGGCCAAAUGAAGACACUGAUCACAAUUAUGGGUACCGACCUAUCUUGCAAAAUCUACCCAUGGGUGAUCCACCGGUUUCAGCAGGCGGAUCGACCGACCUGACGUACGCCGAUCACGUCGGCCCUUCGUCUUCCCACCAGGCAUCAAAACAGGAGUACCUCCAGGCUGCUCUCCCUCAACAGCAUCACCACCAUCGGCUACCAUCCCAAUCACUGGUUGGUACGAGCUCUGCUGAUCAGGGCUCUGAAUCAUACCUGCCGCAAAUCGACCGUAGCUUCAUGGACCUUCCAGGCGUACCUACACCAUACCCUGAGCCAAAAGCACCCAAGACUAGAUUCGGCCAUAAGGAAGAUGAGAUGUUGAUAGCCCUGAAGGAACAAUGGAAGUUUUCCUGGCGGCAGAUUGAGUGCUUCUUUCCCGGGCGAAAACAACAAACAUUGCAAGUCCGUUACUGUACCAAAUUGAAGGAAAGAGAUGUGGUUUGGGAUGAUGCUCUGGAUAAGAAACUGAAAAAGGCGCUGGAGGAGUAUGAGGACAACAAAUGGACACACAUUUCCCGGAAGCUUGGGCCCGGUAUACCACCAGCGGCGUCUGAGCCAGCCAAUCACAGGAGGUCGGACCAAAGCGGCUUCAAACUCGCCCAACCUCAAACCUCCAAACUCCCUCUCCUGCCCCAAACGCCCCGCGUCAUCCACCCCAUAACCUCCAGGACAAUGUUCCUCCAACGUACAGCCUCCGCCCUCGCAAGGCGCUCGCCUGCUCGCGCUUUCACCCUCGCCCAGCGCCCCUUCUCCUCCUCCAUCAUUCGCUCCAAUGAGAAGAAGUGGACUCCCAAGCAGGAGGGCAAGAUCCUGACCUUCGAAGAGAUCAAGAGCGAGGAGGACCUCUUUGCUCCCGGUGCCAAGCCCGGUACCAUUCCUACCGAUCUCGACCAGGCCACCGGUCUCGAGCGUCUGGAGCUCAUCGGAAAGAUGCAGGGCAUUGACAUCUUCGACAUGCGUCCCCUUGAUGCCUCCCGCAAGGGCUCCAUCGAAGACCCCAUCAUCGUCAACAGCGCUGGUGAUGAGCAGUACGCCGGUUGCACCGGUUUCCCCGCAGACUCCCACCAGGUCAACUGGCUGACCGUCUCCCGCGAGCGCCCCAUCGAGCGCUGCCUCGAGUGCGGUAACGUGGUCAAGAUGAACUACAUCGGACCCGAGGAGGACCCCCACUCCCACGACCACGACCACGACCACGGUCACCACCACCCCCCUCACGUCGAGCCCAAGACCUUCGCCGACUACGUCAAGCCCGAGUACUGGUACCGCUAA